UGAAAACAAUAUCGUUGCUACAACAUUAGGCGAAGACAAUAAUAUCUCUUAUACAACUUUAAAUGAAGACAAUAAUAUCUCUUAUACAACUUUAAAUGAAGGCAAUAACUCUUCUACAACUUUAAGUGAAGAUAAUAUCUCUGAUACAACUUUAAGUGAAGAUCAUAUAUCCGCAGUUUUCUCCGCGACAACUAUAAUUGAUGACUAUAUUUCCGCUACAACCUUAAAUGAAAAUAAUAUCUCUACUUCAAGUAGAACCAAUUUUUCUACUUUGACUCUAAGUGGAAACAAUAACUUUGCUACAACUUCAACCAGAUAUAACUCCUCUGCUACGAAUUUAAGAGGUAGUUUAUUAUUUUUUAAUAGUCCAAUGUAA